GAUUGCUCAGCGUCCGUCUCAUGGGAGGUGACGGGGAUCGGCUCUGAUAAAGCUCCUCACACACACACACACACACACACACACAUCUGACGAGAUGAGCAUGAGUGAGAAUCUGAGCAGGAACACUGUCAGACGAGAUCAGGCUGUGAUGAAGGUGGAUCUGCAGUGUGAGAAGAACAACACGGACCAUCACACCAAUGAGAUCACGGUGGAGCGUCUGAUCAUCCGCAGAGGACAAGCCUUCAGUCUGAUCCUGAGCGCCGAGCGUUUAGAUCAGAACGACAUCCAGAUCACUGCAGAGACAGGUCCUGGAGCGUGUGAACAGAAGGGCACGCUCUCGUCCUGCAGCACAGACCCGCAGCGCUGCUCCAGUGUCGGUAAAUGCUGGAGUGUGAAGGUGUUGAGCGGCUCGCCGUCCGCCGUCACGCUGUCCGUUCUGUGUCCGGCAGACGCCUGCAUCGGCCUCUACUCUCUGACCGUGAAGAGCGGAUCCUACACCAGCGUGAGCGCCCUGACCGUGCUCUUCAACCCCUGGAGUAAAGAUGACGGGGUGUUUCUGGAGAGUGAAGCGGAGCGGCAGGAGUAUGUCAUGAACGAGCAGGGCAUCGUGUAUCAGGGAGUGGAUGAAUACAUCACCACCACCAACUGGGACUUCGGUCAGUUUGAGGAGGAUAUCCUUGACAUCUGUCUGAAGCUGCUGGAUGUGAACCCCAAGUGUCUUAAAGACGCAGCAGAGGAUUAUUCAGCACGCUGCAACCCCAUCUACGUCAGCCGAGUGGUCAGCGCCAUGAUCAACUCAGACGAUGAUAAAGGGGUGCUGAUGGGUCAGUGGGACGGGACGUACAUCGGAGGCGUGCUUCCGUCCAACUGGAACAGCAGUGUGGACAUCCUGAGACGCUGGAUCAAAUACGACUGCUAUCCCGUCAAAUUCGGACAGUGCUGGGUGUUUGCAGCGGUCAUGUGCACCGUGCUGAGAUGUCUGGGGAUCCCGUGUCGCGUCGUCACUAAUUAUCAGUCGGCUCACGACACGGAUCAGAACCUCGUCAUUGAUGAAUACUUCAGUGACUACGGCGUGAGACCCAAACCAAACCUGGACAGUGUUUGGAAUUACCACGUUUGGGUGGAGGGCUGGAUGAAGCGUCCCGAUCUCUCGCAGGACUCCUUCUACGACGGCUGGCAGGUUCUGGAUCCAACGCCGCAGGAGAGGAGCUCAGGAUCUUACUGCUGCGGUCCAGCACCGGUCAAGGCCAUCCUGGAGGGUCACACCGACGUCAAAUACGACAUACCUUUUGUGUACGGAGAGGUCAAUGCAGACAAGAUCACGUGGCUGGUCAUGGCCAACGGCUCCAAGAAGAAGAUCCUUUCAGACACGAAGACUGUCGGACAGAAAAUCAGCACCAAAGCUGUGGGCAGCGACAGCAGACAGGACAUCACUGACCAGUACAAGCACCCAGAGGGCUCAGUGAAGGAGAGAGCGGUGUAUGAUGAGGCAGUGAAGCGUGUGACGGGUCUGAUAGAGAGCCAGAAGCCGCGUCCGAGCGUCCAGAUGAAGCUGAGUCUGGACGGAGAGCCGCUGAACGGAGCUGAUAUCAGACUCAAGCUGCUUGUGAAGAGCGAGAACAGCAAAGCCCAGGAUCUGACGCUGAAGAUGAGCGCUCAGGUCAUGAGAUACACGGGGACCCCUGCGGCCGACGUCUGGAGUAACACCGCAGACCUACAGCUGCAACCCAACACAGAGCAAACUCUUCCCUUCGAGCUGCCGUUUACCGCAUACGGACCAAAUCUGCUCGACAACAACUGCAUCAAAGUCUCUGUGAUCGCCAUGAAUAAAAGCGACCCGAAGGAAGUAUAUCUGGCGGAGAAAGACGUGGUUCCUCACAGUCCGACGCUGAAAGUCACAGUGAGCGGGACUCCUCUGCAGGACAGCGAGAUGAACGCCGAGGUGGUGUUUGAGAAUCCUCUGCCCUCACCGCUCAAGAACUGCUCCGUCACACUCACCGGCAGCGGCCUGCUCAAACAAACAGAGCAGUCCAGCACCGUGGAGCUCGGCCCGGGUCAGAGAAUCACACUGAGGGUGACCUUCAAGCCCUACAGACUUGGACCGAAGAAACUAGUGGCCAACUUCGACUGCUCCACCUUCAGAGACAUUAAAGCCAGUGUAGAUGUGAACGUGCGGCCCGCCGCGACACGGCUGGGAUUCCUCAGCUUCAGACGAUAGAAGAACAAGAACCAUCUGAGCUUUUAUUUGCACAAACACCAGCCAACAACAUCACAUCUCAACAGUUCAACUGUGUUUAAUCAGAAUAAAUAAACAUUUAAAGCAAAAAGUGUCUGUUGAUUAAAUAAAGGAGGUUUGGAGUGAUUACAUGAAUGGUGAGCCUGAACAGAUGCUAUGUGAAUAAUGUGAAAACAUCAGUAAAUAUGCAAAAUAAAGUCAUUAUAUCAAAGGC